GGACAGAGGAGAGGAGGUGUGGAGGAGCCGGACGGUGGGUGGCUCAGCCUGGGGCGGUGUAAGCUCCACAGAGAGGCCGUGGAGGGGGGUUGAGACACCGAAACUCUGCUCCAGUCUGUCCGAGUGAUUCAGUUCAAUUUAAAUUAACAACUAAUUAAGACAGAGCUCGCGCCUCACCUGUUGGAGCUCUCACGGAGAAACGGAGUCGCUCACCUGCCGUUUGUCGUUUGUCAUUUGUUUGUCGAAAGCUUUUGUGCAGAGAACAUCAUUUACAACCUGUCAGAGUGAACUGAUGUCGAUGGAGCCCACUGCACGGCAGGAGUCAUGGAGGCCGUGGACUACAGAGACGACCUGAGGGUUUCUGCAGGAAGGAUGAAGUGGUGGAGGGAGGUGGACAAGUGGCGAGGCCGCACGGACGAGCAGAGGAGAGGGGAGGAAGGCGAGGAGGAUGAGGAGCUGGUGGAGGUGCUGCUCCGAGGCAAAGCGCCCUGGGGCUUCACCCUGAGGGGAGGAACCGAGCACCGAGAGCCUCUGGUCAUCACCAAGGUGGAGGAGGGCAGCGCGGCGGCGGCGGUCCAUCUGCAGGCCGGUGACGAGAUGGUGAGCGUGAACGCCGUUCCCCUCAGCGGCUCCCGUCAGGAGGCCAUCUGCCUGGUGAAGAGCUCCCACAAGACCCUGACCCUGGGGGUCCGAAGGCCUAAAAUGGUCGACGUCGUAUCGCCACGCACAAUGCCGUCAGAAACCGAAGUUCACGUGGCGAGGAGCUUUCUCACCAAGAUUUUGCGAAGCUCUAUGAGGAAGAACCGCUUCAAAGGGAAGAAUGAUCCGGGCUCACGGCCUCAUACCUGGCACUCCUCCAAGCUGACAGAAGAGGAGUCGGAGCCCGCUGGGAGAGAGGCCACUGCAGCACCAGUCUGGCAACCGAAACAUGAAGCAAGGCCCAAAGAGUCGUCCACACAAGCGGAUCAGAAGCCUCAUUGUCAGCUAACCAGUCAGUUCAGCUCAGCGAACAACAUGGAGAGACUGGACCGUCCGUCUCAUCUCUACCCAGCAGGUCGUCUUUCCCCGACCAAAUACAUCAGCAGCACUGAGCCGCUCUGUGGACCAGGAGGCAAGAGAGACUCCGGGUUCAGCUGUUUCUCCAACGGCUCCAGCCCUCCGGUUCAUGAGCAGAGCGCCUCAGGGAGGAAGGGCACGAGCACCGAAAACAUUUUCUUCAAGGGCCUUCAGAGCGAAGGGCCUCAGCAGGCCGGGCGGCCCCGGUACCUGCAGCCGACGCUGGGGAGCGGAGGCUGGGAGGGGUCGCGGGCAGAGGAGCAGCCCGCCUCUCGGGUUUCGGUUGCAGGUCGACCCGGCACCGGCCCGGUGUGGCAGGUACCGGAGAAGAAGAAGUCCCAGUCUCCUCCUCCCCCACCUCCUCCCCUGCGCAGCGACAGUUUUGCCGCCACGAAGGUGUUCCCUUACUCUGAAGGGCCGAGUGGUCCGACAAAGAACAACGGCAGAUCAGUUGAAAAACAGUCUGAGAACAAAGAACAGAACGGCCUCAGAUCUCACCAGGAGAAAACCUCAGAGGCCAGACGGAGCUUCAACCCCCUCCCCACCGAAGACUUCCUCCAUCCCAACACGGCAGCUGACCACAACCACAACCAGCUGCACCCCAACAAACUCUUCUCCCUGUCCAGCACUGAUGUCCGACAGUCUCAGUACACCCAGGCUCCCACCCACCAGAGGCAGUACAGCGACGAAAGCCCCCUCUACCUGCAGACUAGAUCAGCCCCUCCCACCAAGACCCAGAGUGUGGGAAACUACUAUCGCAGCCUCCAGGAUCUGCCCACAAACAUCUUCGGCCGCAAACACGUCCGGCACUCCACAGCCGCCACGACAGGUUCUGCUGCGAACCCGAACCUGGAGGGCGGGGGCCACAGCAGAUACUACAGCAUGGCGAGCAAGCAUUCGGUUCAGACUGCUGAGCUCAGGCAGGUGAAAGCAGAGAAACCUCACCGGGUAAACAGCAAUGAACCAGGUUUCCAAGGUUCCCUGAAGGCAAACGUUAAGGCGAAGUUUCCUCUACCUCAGUCCCAGACGCCUUACAGUGAAAAUAAGGAGCGCAACGGUCAUUCCCAUCCUGGGAACGGCCUUCAUUAUGACCACCAGACGCCUGAACACUCGGCUCCAGGCCGCAGCCCAGAGGAUGCUGCAAAGAGAAGUGAAGGACACACGCAUGACAUGAAAAGACACUUUUCAACACAUCAAAGUAUUGAUCAUAAAAACAGUCUUUCGAGGCAGCAAGACCCAUGGGUGCCUCAAGACGACCACCGGAUAUCCCCGCUGAAAACGCCGCUUCUCCACUCGCUGGCCCAGGAGAGCAGGAGUCUGGCCGAGAGACAACCGGCAGCGACGACCGUGGGUGUCGUGUCCACCCAGGAUGCUGGUGACACCUCGGCCAGCGGCAGUGGAAAAGCGAAUCGCCGCAGCGACCGUUACGCCACGACCCUCCGCAAGGAGAUCCAGCAGAAACGAGCUCAGCUGCAGAAGAGCCGCAGCGCCGCCACGCUGACCUGCGACGCAGAAGACGAGGAGGGAGAGGACUGGAGAUCCACAGAGACUUCUACGUCUUCCAGCGUCUCCUUUUCCAACACCUACAAGGACCACCUGAAGGAGGCGCAGGCCAGGGUCCUCCAGGCCACCUCCUUCCAGAGACGAGACCUGGAACCCCUUGGACCGGAGGCGCAGGCAGUUAAAACCUCCAACGCACGCAUCAGAGGACGUAAGCGCUUCCCCCUGGCAAAGAGGACGCACUCCUUCUCAGAGCCUGACAAGAUCGACAAGGUAGGAGUGGAGGGAGAACCUCAAACUGGGUCCUUUGGAGAACGGAGGAAGUUCUUUGAGGCCAAACCGGCGUUCUCCAGACCUGUGCUGAAGUCCAGUCAGGGUUCAAACCUGAACGCAGACCUCGGUGAGAAACUCAAACAGAGAACUCCGUCUGGAGAACCUGAGGAGGCUCACCCCCCCGCGGACCCCUACCACCUCCUCAACCCCGGACACAUGCAGACCUCACUGGAGCAGCAGAGGCUCGGCACCUUCGCCGAGUACCAGGCCACGUGGAACAAGCAGAAGAAGUCGUCGGAGGCCAAGACGCAAGGGAGGUAUCACUCUGCAGAGAAUAUCUUAGACGCAGAUUCUGAGGAGAAGACCGUCUGCGUCCAUGAGAGAUCCAGAUCGUCUCCCUCUGCAGACUUCUACACACAGAAUAUUCCUUCAUCAUGGAGAGACCCUCAAGCCCAGCAGAGCACUUCCACCACCAGAGGGAAGUCAGAGAACAGGCAGCGAUACCAGCCUGACCACAGCCCACAGGCGGCCCCGCCGGCCCCCAGAAACGAGGGCCCAAUCCCGGGCCUCUCUGACCACAGGACCAAACCAGAUGCCGCCAAUCCCUCCCACACCACCCUCUCCUCCGGCCCUCGUAGCCUCAGCCCCAACCCUGGCUCCCAGCAUCCAGCCCAGCCUCCACAAACCAAGGGCCUCCUGCCGCCGCCCAGGCCCCAUUUAGGCCCAGAAACCACAUCCUCCUCCCAGGAAUUCCUCGCUGGCGCCCAGGCCGACCAGUCGGCGCUCCAGCCUCUGUCCAGAUCCAGCUCCGACACCCAGCACCAUGCUGCUGCUCGGGGCUCGUCCGCAGGCCCCGCCCCGGCCAGCUCCCCUCACCUCAGCGGGACACCCGGACCAGACAUGAGCGAAGGAGAUGUAGACACUGAGCAGGAGAAGGAGCAGCCACCUCCACCUUCCUUCUCUCCAUCCCCGUUCUCCUCCUGGGCGGACGCUCUGUCUCUGCCCUCGGCGGACCGAGCGCGCUCUCCCUCGCCGCAGUUCGCACCGCUGAGACUGACCGACAAGCCGCCGGCCGUGUCCGUGUGGGAUGACUCACCGCUCAGGUCGGAGAAUGAGUCGAGGUUUGCUGAAGUGAUGGAUGUGAAGAGUCCGGUGAGGAAAGUCCCCGUGAGGAUCGUCCACGCCGAGAGCAGCUCAGAUCGGGAGGGGCGGGCCUACCUGCCCCAAAGCGGCGACACCUACAGCUUCUUCGGGCCGCCGCCCCACGUCCCCUGCCUGGGCGCCACAGAGCACCCGGCCUCGUCCCUGUUCAGCGCCUACACCCGCCAGGCCGCUCCGGACCCGGGACAAGCUUCGGCGUCGGCCCAGGAGUCGGUGCCCGAGCUGCGGCGCUCGGAGGAGGACGCCAAGAGAGAGGAACUGGCCAGGGACAUCAUGGGCAAAGACAAGUCCCUGGUGGACAUCCUCGACCAGAGCGGCAGGAAGACCACCAUGGACCUCAUGGAGGGACUCUUCCCCUCAGAGGAGCAGAUCCUGGAGGGAGCCCAUCAGCGGAGGAGGGCGUCCGCCAGCUCCAGGCUGCCCACCUCCUCCCCCAGGAGCAUGGACAGGAGGGAGGAGGAGGAUGUGUGUGUGUCAGCAGCAGCCUCCCUGGUGCCCAGCUCCUCCUACUACAACACAUCGGCUCCUAAAGCCGAGCUGCUCAUCAAGAUGAAGGACAUGCAGGUGCAGCUGGAGGAGCAGGACUCUGAGGACGAGCUCGACGUCGACCUGGCCAGUAAAAAGCAAGAGCUGAUCUCCAGCCUGGCGAGGAAGCUGGAGGUGCUGCGGGAGGCCCGGCAGAGCCUGCAGGAGGACGUGGAGGACAACGAGACUCUGGGCCGCGAGGUGGAGGCCACCGUGCAGCGCCUCUGUCAGCCCAACCAGCUCGACAAGUUCCGCAUGUUCGUGGGCGACCUGGACAAAGUGGUGAGCCUGCUGCUGUCGCUGUCGGGGCGGCUCGCCCGCGUGGAGAACGCCCUCAACAGCCUGGAGGACGAAGCGCCGCCAGAGGAGAAGCGCACCCUGACGGAGAAACGCAAGCUGCUGAUGCGGCAGCACGAGGACGCCAAGGAGCUGAAGGAGAACCUGGAUCGUCGAGAGCGGCUGGUCUCCGGGAUCAUGGAGGUGCACCUGGACGCCGGGAGCCUGGACGACUACCGGCACUUUGUCAAGAUGAAGUCGGCGCUCAUCAUCGAGCAGCGCAAACUGGAGGACAAGAUCAAGCUGGGCGAGGAGCAGCUCAAGUGCCUGUUGGACAGUCUGCCGCUGGAGCAGAGGCCGCUGCUCUGAUGCCGACGUCCUGGAUCAGGACCCGGCGCCUGGAUCAGGACCCGGCGCCUGGAUCAGGACCCGGCGCCUGGACCACAAGUGAAGGUGCAACAUGUAGCAUUUUUGAUAUUAAUGUCUUUGUUAGAUUGAGACGACUUCAAGCCUCUUGUUUCAUGCUCGUUAUUAUUUCUCACGAUUAAUACCGAUAAUAAUUUCCCACGAGGCCGUUUUCUACCAGGAAACUAAAGAUGACUCACUCAGCGAUAAGAUAAAUGGCGGCUUCACUCAGGCCCCAGAUAUUUCACUUAAUGUCCAGACAAGAAUCCGGAGAGACGAUGUGACGCAUCAGUGAUUAAACAAACUGUAACCACAGAAACAAAAGUUCCUGUGGUUGAAAUUGGCUCAUCAACGUACUGAAGGAUUCUGGUCUUUCCCUCCCGUCACCGUCUUCUGGAUCCAGAAACUCAUCCUGGAACAACAGCGUCCUUUUGUUGAUUAAUUGAUUAUGUCUCAUGUCUCAGUGACUUUGAGUAUUUUAUUGAGGCGGCCAUGAUUUCAUCUCCGCAGAUAAAUCUUCUGACUCACAGGCUCCCAGUGUUUCUGCUCCUGAACGUUCCCCAGAGACACCGAGCUUUGAAAAACCCCCAAACUAUAAUUCCUCAGCCAGUGUGUGAACACACACAUGUGCUCGUCUCUUCAUCUCCUCCCUUUCAUAUCUGUGUUUCCUGAGCUGGAUUGAAGCUGCAUCAUGAGCUCACGCCUCCGCUGCUCGUGGCUGUUUGUAAUGAAUCAUCAUCGCGUGUGUUUUAAGUUUCAAAGAAAUAUUUUCUAGUAAUUUAUUGUAGCCUUUUUUCUUUUUUUGAAGACGUGUAUGGAGAAAGGGAAGAUGUUUUCCCGGUGAUUUAAUUUGACUCUUGACGUAUUUCUUGUUUCCCGAUGAAAUGAAACGAAGAGUUUGAUUCCUCGUCGUCCUCCUGAGUGGAGCUCUCUGAUUCACGCCGGACUUAGAGGCGGAUCCGAGAACCGGAAAGAUGACGCCGACCCGUUCCGGCAGCGCAGACGUUGAUCAUUUCAGGCUUUCACUCACACUUGGUGCUUUUAGCUGAAGCUCCCAUCCAGACAUCCUCCUGACUCCUGUACGUUUUCUACUUCAAGGGACUGAGGUGCAGCUGGUGUUUUCCAUGGAGGUUAAUGAUGAAGUUAGCACUUUACUCUCUGCUUUGGUCCUUUUAUGGGACGCCACAUAUUUAUCUGAAGACGUGCCUACUGUAGCACCCCCCCCCCACUGUGAUCCACAUGGACUGACGUGGGUCCGGCCCACACUUGUUGUAUGCAGUGGCUCUUUCACCAACUUGAAAGCAAUAAAAUGAUUAAGCUGAGAAA